AUGUCCAACGAAGGAGAAGAUGUACACAUGAUCGUCGAUCUUGGAGAGGAACUUGGUUCAAUCGAUUUCGGGGAGAGAUCUCAGGUGAGCUUCUACAUUGGUGAGGAGCAAGGAAAUGCAGGUGCCACCGACCCAGGCCAUAGGGCCAAUGUUAGGCGAGUAGGCCAUGGGGCCAACGCUGGGCGAGCAGUUCAGAUCGCUGACCAUGUGGCGUCCAUGGCACGAGGUGAGGAGAUUUGGCACAAAGUGACUGCUAUGUGCUCAGAUCUAGGGGUUCUAGGUAAGGAGGCAGCGUUGGGCGUCGCUGUUAUGAGAAAGGCGCUAAGCAAGGCGAUAGCGUUGGGUGCUGCUGGGGUGUUGGCUCUACAUUGGCUGCCCAAGUAG